AGCCAUAUCCACAGUAUCCUCUACUUCCUUCACUAGCUCAUACACGAAUUUGCUCAUUUUUUCUUUGUACGCACCUGCACACCCGACACACCCGACCAAAAAAAGCCACAGAACAGUCUCGAACAGCUUUGAACGAUCCACACGGUUUCCUUCCAACCUCUAGAUUCUAUUUGUCCCUCUUGCACCUUAAAGAGUAGUCGCAGUCAGUCGUUCUUCGGAGGUAGAACUUGAGCGAAGAAACCCGCCACAGUAUAUUUGGUGCGCGAUGCAGCAAACUGGAUCCACUUUCAAUAAUCCGCUGACACCUUAUUGCACCGCACCGUGUCAUGUCUGAUGUCUGUGUUACGACAGAAGGUUAAUCAGAGCAGGGCCGUUUGAGCACCACGUACUCACACGACCUAUACACGUCGGACCACUCUUCAAGGACUCUUUGCCAUUUGAUUCGCUUCUGCACUAGCUAUUGCACCGCUUGUAGUGCACUGCAUCGGAAUCGGAAGUCGGAACGGGAGAUAAACUAUGAGUGAAGAUGAUGGAGACUCAAGUUCAAGUCCGUCUCGCACUGCAGGGACCGGUGAGCAUAAGAGUGCGCCUCCGAUGCCGUACGAGAAUGGGAGACAGAGCACCGCGGAAGCGGGCGAUACCACCCCGACACAGUCACGCAGAACAAGUCCCCUGCAGACAGAUUUAGUCAUUGAAAAGAGUGCCUUCUACAGUGGAAAUACUGUUGGAACUUCCGAGUCGUGCACCGCUGUUGCGAACGGAUUUGACGCGUCCGACGCGAGCGUCGAUCGCUCUGAACCUAAUAAUUUCGUCGAUCCAUUGUAUGCCCGCUCCCCCCCAGAUAGAGGACACACUUCCCUUGGUCUCUCCAACGUUUAUGACCCGCUACUUUCCCCAAGUCCCAGCAGCCCGCAUCCCAGCCGUUCAUUGACUCCAAAAUUUCGUUCCACAGCGCCUCCCGCGUCUGACGGAAACGUCAACGAAGACAUGCCAAAUUCUUCCCCGCACUCUGGUCCCUCCCCUGGUUCGUCCCGCCAAUCUUCCAGGAGACAGCCGCAGCCGCAACAGCCGCAGCAGGUGCAUCAACAACAACAGCGUGGUCUGCAGCCGUAUGGCUUCUACGCCUCCCCCUCAGCGUCGGAGUCCGGAUUGCCUCGAAAUACACCUUCCGUUUCAAACCAGAGUGGACCACCGCCAUUUGUACAUGGACAACAAGCAGCGGCCCCGCAGCGCUCAGCGAGCUUUACUGUACCGUACACGAUGUCUCCAUCGCCAGCUUCGCUCUACCCCCAACAUCAGCCCCAGCACCAGUAUACAUACCCACAAUUAAAUAUCCAUGGUAUGCCGUCCAUGGCACAUUCUCCAGCCCAUCCAUCGCCAGAAUUUUAUUCUGUUGGGCAUAGCAUGAGCCCAAGCCAGCCUCCGCUGUAUGCCCCGUCAUUUCACACUAGCGUUCCUCCAGAGCAUACUCCAACGCCAACGCUCACAUUCGAUUAUGAUGGAGGAAACUCAGGACGGAGUCCCGCUCCGGGUGCCAGCUCGCCGUACUCGCCGCAGCAGUCAUUUGCGCCAUUCAACUAUCAUCCAACGCUCACUGCGACGCCCCAGUUUUCACACUCACCAUUUUCUUCGUCUCUAUCAACUCAUCAAGUGCAGCAUGCCCAGCGACCGCAGUAUCCUCCACCAUUCGCAUAUAUGACAGGAGCGAGUCCGACGACGUCUGACGACUCAGCUGGGCAGCAGCCCUCUGCGAGGUGGUGGUAUAUUCCACCUCACAGCGCAUCUCCAACUGCGGGAUCAUAUCCAAAUGUUUACUACCUUGACGCGUACGGCAAUCCUUCUAAUGCAAGAGGUCUGGGCUUGGGUCCUGGUUUCCCAUCGUUAUCAUCUCCUUCAUCUGGGCUGGUGCAGCCUGCAGCAUUCCCUCUGCCCGAUUCGGCUGUCGGCGCGGGGCCUGGGCCUGGGUCCGGAACCGGCCGCGGUGGAAUUACGGCAGAAAUUCAACGUGAAGGGGAUAGUAAACCAGGGUCAAUCGCGUCCCCGCCUGGAGCACCUCUCUCACCUUCAUCUGGUGCUCCUGGCGAGUCGGUCAGCGAACGAGGACAACAGCAGCAGUUGAAACAACCGAAGCGGAAGUCUGUAUUGCCAAAUCCGCCUGUUCAACGCUCAGAAUGGGUAAUGUGGGUAGGAAACGUGCCCAGUGAUGCAACGCACGAUGAACUUUGGCGCUUCUUUACGCGGUCGAGUACGCAGAGUGGAUCGUCAGAUGUUGAGAUGCGCUCGUCUUUUGGUCAACGACUGUCUCAACCACCACAUCUGCCAGCUGGUCUUCUUUCACCAUCCGGCAGUUCAUCUGCAUCGGAUGCAAGUCCUGUGGAUUCUUCAGGCGUGACGAGCGUCUUUCUCAUAGCACGAUCUAAUUGUGCAUUCGUGAAUUAUACUAACGCUGUAUAUCUUUCUUCUGCUGUACAGCGAUUCAACGGUAUUCCUCUUCGUCCAGGGGAUGCAAGAUGUCCACGUCUUGUGUGUCGUGUCCGUGGCAAGGAAGAGGAUUUAAAAGCAGGCGUUGGCGGACAACGGGGAACGGGCAUACAUACACGCUGGGUCAAGGAGCAACGCGAACGGGAAUGGGGCCGUGAACAAAACAAGCAGGCUGGCAGGAAAGAGGUUGUAAUGUCGGAUGACGACGCAAGCGCGAGCGAGCCUCCUGGGACCCCGUCGUCAUCUGUGGUACACACGGAGAGUGGGGCAGAGUCAUCAGGACAAGAUGCACAUGCUGUUCGGCGACCUCCCCAUCAUUCAAGUAGCUCGGGCAGCACCACCUCUGGUUUCUUAGCACGCUAUUUUCCCAAACGGUACUUUAUCUUGAAGUCCCUGACACAGUUUGACUUAGAUCUUAGUGUGGAGAAGGGUGUAUGGGCGACGCAGCCGCAUAACGAGGCCAUACUCAAUCAGGCGUUUCGCAAUAGCUCUGAUGUGUACCUCAUUUUUGGUGUGAACAAAAGCGGAGAGUUUUUCGGCUAUGCUAGGAUGGCAAGUGCGAUUGGCAAGACAGCAGACGAUCGGGUCUCGUGGGCCUCUCGGUCGGACUCUCAACAUUCUCAUUCGCCAACAACAUCGUUAGCUUCCUCUGUCGCUGGAAAAGGUUCUCAUGUGAAUGAAACAAUUCCUGAAGAGAGUGAAGGUAGUUCGCCGGAAGGUAACGAUGGCGGCAACACUAAGAGAAGGGAACAGGAUGCGGAUGAAGAGAAACGUUCCUAUUUGCUUUUCUCACCAAGUGAACAUCGUCUGGCGGAAGAUUCUCCGAAGCCAGUUACCCCCGCCACACAGAAGCGCUUAUCGAAUGCAGAGGAAAGCAGCAGCAGUAAAGUCUCGCUGUCUGGUGAGGCGAAUACCGCCCCACCGUCCGAUCGCCACCAAGAAAAAUUUGCAGAAUCGGUUCCUCAAAAUCGUACGUCCCUGCAUCUCGCAACUCCCCCGAUAAGUGCACCUGCGGUGAUGGGCCGGUCGUAUGGCGAUAUUACAACUCCUCAGGUUAAAGGGCUAGGGUCGGAGACGUUAGAUCCGCGUUUGCUCCGUCGAAGGCUUCCGAGUGUUCAGUUAGAUCCAGAGGCGCCAUUGCGAGCAGUCCGGGAACAUGAGGCGCAUAGCGCGAGCGUUGAGAAUCCACUAAUAAAGAUCGAGGAUGACGACCGCGUGAAACGGAGGGAUACACUCGGAACGUCCGUUUCUGCGUCUGGGUCUGGCAGCAAAUUGCGUGAAGUUCUGCAGGCAGAAGAGGUCCAAGAAGAGAUUGACCAGGAAACGAAGGUGGACACUGACGCCGGAAAGGAUAAACAGGCUGGCACGGAUGCUCCUGAUGAUCGUGCAGAUAUACCGCCGCAAUGGGGUUCACCUUUCAAAGUACAAUGGAUUCGGGUAACGAGGCUACCAUUCCAUCGCACCCGGCACCUGCGUAACCCAUGGAACCAUGACCGGGAGGUGAAAGUUUCUCGUGAUGGGACGGAACUUGAACCGCUUGUCGGGCAGGCGUUGCUGGAUGAAUGGGAUAAAGAGGAAUCUCCACACGUGCCUCCAACACCGGCAAUGGGAGGUGGAGGCGGAGGUGGUACCUCGUUGUCUGCUAUGAACAGACGUACAGGCCAGUUCCAGAGAAUGCAGUCGCACGUUUCAGCUUCUACUACGGAGAGUGAAGCAGGUCCUAGUCCUGGUCCAUCACGCGUGUAUCAACCAAAACAGCGCCCGCGUUGAGGUACUUAAUCGCUAAAUAGCAAAAUUGUAGCUAUUUUGACCCUUGGUAUUCGGUAUCCCAGCAUUCUUUCUAAGCUACUGGGAGGAACCCAGUGCCACAUCUGCGGUGUGGUUAUACUCGGACCAGUAUGACUGGAAGUUGACAUGGUAAGAAGCACUUCCACCGGUAGUCGCACGUCGUCCCCCUAAUGUAAUUCGCCGUUGCAUUGCCGCCACCCGUCGCAUCCUAAACUCCAUCCUUUUCGUCAUCGUUCUGGCUCAACAUCAUCGACGUUCACUCCUAAUUCCCUGGACUUUCUGUUAGCUGUCUGCACACGCCGCACCAUCUCACUUUUCCUAUUUCUCACUUUUCCCUUGAUUUUUCUUUGCACGACUGUGACUGCAUUCAUGUUGACGACGACUCUUGUCAUUCACGACACAAGACGGCCGUUUACGGUCCACGUAUAACCGCAUUUUUUUUUUGUUUUCUUCGUUUUGUGCAGCUUUCCCAUUCUCUUCCUCGCUGGCUGGUUCGAUUUUUGGAUUCGGAGAGUUGCACAACUUACUUCGCCUCGCACAUACGCUCUUUACAAUUCUUCUCUUUUGCAUUGGUUAUCCUCUGUUGUCCCCGAGUUUUGCAUCAUCAGACAUCCUCGCAUGCCAUACACGGCGAUCCCAUGUCAGAAUCUACUGUUC